AUGACGGGGAUCUUCCUGGGACGCUCCUCCCGACUGCUAAGGUGGCCGAUCACGGUGUUCCGAUUGGGACGAGGUCGCUGUUUUCACCGGGAGGGAACCCCCGCCUGCGCCUUUGGUGGACGACCUCCGCCUUCGCACCUACACAAAGGUCGGGUCGGGGAGCUCGACCCGAUCCCUCUGACGAUCAACAACUGCAGCACUGGCCAUGAGAAACAAGCAUCCAAGGGCGACCGCGGACAUACCAGAGUUACGAACAAGAGGCGGACAUGGGUCUACCUCUUUCUCCUCUUCUACACCCUCCUCCUUCAUUGCUCCUGGGGCCUCCUCCUUGCCAUCCAUUCCUGGUACAACAUCGUCGCCUCCUCCUCGUCCUCCUCAUCAUCAUGGUCGUCGAGGUUGUAUACGUCGGUGCUGUAUUACGGAGAGUUGUUCGGGAUGUUGUCCGUGGGGGCAGCGCUACCGGUGGCGGUGCCAGCGACGCUGGUCACGUGCUGCACCGUCCUGGUGCUGCUCGCCUUCGCCGGGAAGCCGUGGCGGGCGCUGGUGAUGGAGGGGCGGCGGAUCACCGCCGACAUCAGCGCCGUCGCCCUCAAGAUCCUCGUCCGCGAGGGCAACCUCGUCACCGGCGGCUGCGCUGGCCUCAGCUUCGUCGCCAUCCUCCUAAGCAGCAGAAGGGGAGAACACGAUCUGUAA